AUGGCAACCAGGAUUUAUAUUGGUCGUCUCUCUAGAGACGCCCGUGAACGUGAUGUUGAAAAACUUUUUCGUGGUUAUGGUAGUAUUAGAGAAAUAAAAUUGAUGAAUGGGUUUGGCUUUGUAGAGUUUCGUGACCAUCGUGAUGCUGAUGAUGUGGUUUACGCCUUUAAUGGUAAAAGUUUUAUGGGUGAAAAAGGAGAACGUAGAAGACAUGAUAGAGACGAUCGUAGGGACAGAGACAGAGAUGAUCAUCGUGGAAGAUUUGCACCGCCUCAAAGAAAUCCUCAAUGUAGAUUGAUUGUGGAAAACUUGUCUUCAAGUUGUAGCUGGCAGGAUCUUAAGGACCUAAUGCGAAAAGCCGGCGAAGUAACUUUUGCAGAUUGUCAUAAAGAUCGUAUUGAACUAAAAGGAAAACGCAUCAUUCUUCAUGAAGCAUCGAAUAACGAUUCUGAUCAUAAUUAUGAUCGAGAUUAUCGUCGUCGUUCACGAUCUCCUCACCCUAGACAUUCAAGGCGUCACCAUUCCCCUUCUCGAUCUCCACGCCAUCGUCAUUCAGAUUCAAGGUCUAGAUCACCUUCUGAUAAUGGAAAAGAUAACAACAAUUCUCGGUCAAGAACUCGCUCCCGAUCUUCUUCACCACCACCACCCAAUGAAAAUGGAAAUGAAAAAGGAAAUGUAAAUGAUGAUAAAAAUGUAAACGAUGAUGGAAAUUUAAACGAUGAUAAAAAUGGAAACGGUGAUAGAAAUGGGAAUGAUGAAUCUCAUAAUAGUCCUAAACAAAGUCCUUCUAAAAGUGAAGAACAUAUUGUUCAAGACGAUGAUGAAAAGGAACUUGAAGCUGCUGAUUCAAUGUGA